AUGGCAGCAAGACUGAGGUGUCAAACAGGAGGCUGGAUUGACCUUCAUUUUUCAUACCAAGUUUCCAUACGGAGCAGAAAUAACGUGUAUCACACUUGCAACGCCGGUAUAAGUAGUACCAAGUACCAGCUGAGUCUGAUCUACCCUCCUGCUGGUCACUUGAUGGCUCAUUGCUUCUUCUACGAACUCGGACGCGAGCAGAAUAGCCGCAAGGGUUGA